GUACACGAACGACCUCGAGUGGUGGUGGCUUACGGAGGCACCUAUGGCCACAAAAGAAGCGUAUCCAAUAGGCCCCGACAACACCUUUCGGUAUCCUGGGCGCCCUCAAGCGUCGGUGGAGACGCUAAGGGAUACUGUGGGAUCCCAACCCUCGCAGAAGACGGCCCCCAAGUCCUGCCAGUUCAGCAUCAGCGUGAGGCUUGCCACUUUCAGCGCCAAGACAGGCAGGGACGCGGAGGCCGCGGCGGCAAGACGCGCCAAAACGUCGGGUGAGGUUCUCAGAUUGCAGUUUGCUCAGGAGCAGUGCCACAUCGUUGGGGUGCAGGAGGCGAGAAAUCCGUCGGGGGAAAGGUGUUAUGCUGGAUACUUUGUGCUUUCUUCGGGACCCGACGGUGGCAAGAACUUGGGCGUUGAACUUUGGGUCUCCCUGCACCUACCCUACGGGCGACGUGGGGGCGAAGAGCUAUACUUUGAACAGAAACAUGUUAGGCCGUUGUACGCUACCCAGAGGCACCUGGCGGUUGGCUGUUGCGCCCCACUCUUUAGGAAGAUCAUCCUGGUUGCCCAUGCGCUGCACAACGGAGACGAGUAUACUUCGCAGCAGAGGAAACAGUGGUGGCGGGACCUCAUAGGGAUCUGCCGUAAAUGGAAAGUCCAGUUGGCCUUCCUAGACGCGAAUGCCAGGCUUGGCAGCAUUGUGUCUGAAGCAGUGGGAAGUGAAGGGUUCAGACAGGACGAGGACGAAUCGGGCGGGCUUUUCCACGACAUGCUCUUGGAGACGGGCUUGGCCGCGGCCAACACGUUAGUCCCCUCUCUCAGCCAGGACUCGUGCACGUUCGUCUCGUCGAAGUCCGAAACACCACGCAGAAUAGACUACAUUGCGGUUGAGCAGAAUAUGAUUCCCGCAUUGGGCCAACAUCAAGUUCGAUAUGAUAUUGAUUCCUUUUGCACUGGCAAGGAUCAUUAUCCUGUCUUCAUGCGCUUCGAGUCCCAGGGCUCCACCAAAGCAGCGCAACAGCAGAGCGGCUACGACGCUAUGGGCACCCAGGACCCUGAUGAGGCAGCAGCCUUCAGGAUGCACCUGGCAGCGUUUCCCACGGUGCCCCACCAGGUCGACAUGAAUCAGCACUUGCACGACAUCAUUCAAUACAUGUACGUGGGAGUAAUCAUCUUCAGAAGGCAAGUACGGCAGGCGUGGCGUCUCUGGGGUAAGCAGGACUCUGGUGGUGUCAGGAGGCUGGUCGCCGCGGCGCUUGAGGCGGGGGCCCCCCAGAACAUCGCCGAUCUUGAGCUGGACCUCCUGGUUUCGGAGCUUUUCCAGGCUUUCGCUGAUUGGGAUAAACAGAUCCUGGCGGCAAGCGCGUUAGCCGCACACAUGCUUGAGUUGCUGGUCAAGUCGAAGCCGGCCCUGAGAAGGGCCUUGAAGCUCUCGCGCAACAAGCUGUUCGACGACCUCGCGCAGCAAUUGAGCAACGCUAGGUCCUCAAACGAGAGUCGAGUGGAGUGGGGGGUGCUUUGCCAGCUGCAAAGGUUCGGGGGGAAGCGCUCCAAGUUCCAGGUCGAGGGGCUUAGAAUCCGACGAGGUUCUCAGGGCGAGGUUCUGGCCACAUCUGGAGAUCUCUCGGAGGCCCUCGCAGAUUAUUUCGCUGUAGUUGAGAAUGGGCAGGCACUCAGCCGGGAAGAACUGGUUGAAAGAUACAACGCCCUCCCCGAGAGGGGAAAUGUAUAUCCCGGGGAGUUGGACAUGAUCACCCCCUUCCGCAGGCUCAACCACGACAUCAUGAAGGCUAGGAAGCGCACAUACCUGUCGUUGUACACCGAUCUAAAGGCGGCAUUCUAUUCGGUCAUCCGAGGGUUCGUCGCCAGAAUGGCCCAGAACAGCGAGGACAUCCAAAACAUGCUGGCGGACUUGGAGAUACCAAGUUGUCUGGAGCCUCUGUGCCAUGCCCUAGUCGCCAAGCCUGGAGCCCUGGACGGUCGUGAGCACGAGCAUGUAGAGGAGGACGCAUGGGAUCCUGCCUUCAUGGAUGACCUCGUCAACGGCAUCGAGCUGUUAGACGCUAGGCUCUGGAAGGAGGCGGCCAUCGCCCUCGUCGCGAUCAUGUACGAAGAAACCAAGUCUAGGGGGUUCACCAUGAACUGGAUGGCGGGCAAGACGGAGCUCUUGGCCUUCUUCAGCGGCACAGGUUCCAGGAAGGUGAUGGCGGCUAAGGCGGAGGACGCGGAGCUAGCACGCACGCUCCGAGAGAACGGCCACUACGCGGAGUCUGCGCAGCUCCCGCCUGUCCUCGCGACGGGACCUAGGUCGCCCUCGGAGUGGAAGCAGCUGGAACUCGACAGUGCGUGCUUGAGGGCGGCACUGACGCUGGCGCUGUGUGCGGCGUCCUCGGGCCUGGCGACUCUGUUCAUUUUAAACCCACCUGCUCCGCAAGCCAACCUGCCCUGCAUUUGGAAGGUCCCCGAGGUCAGGUGGAAUUCUACGUAG